UCUGUGACGUCACAUCAGCUGCGGGCCGCGGUGGACGCAGGGCUGGGUUUCCAUUUUCGCAGCAAGUGAGUUUCGGGGAACAACAAUAUGGAGCCGGAGAUGGAGGACAAAACGUUGGAGCUGAUGAACACUACUUUCAUGGACUCCCAGACAGAUGACUUCUCAUCAAAGAAGACCACAGUGUUCAAGACCAUCACUAACGGCCCCAUGACGGGCUCCAGGAAGCGGCCGUCGGAAGGGAACUACGAGAAGGAGAAGGACGUGUGCAUCCAGCUGUUUGACCAGUGGUCCGAGGCAGACCAGGUCGAGUUCGUGGAGCACCUGAUCUCGCGCAUGUGCCACUACCAGCACGGCCACAUCAACUCCUACCUCAAGCCCAUGCUGCAAAGGGACUUCAUCACCGCCCUGCCAGCUCAGGGUCUGGACCACAUAGCGGAGAACAUCCUGUCGUUCCUGGACGCCCGCUCGCUCUGCUCGGCGGAGCUUGUGUGUAAGGAGUGGCAGAGGGUCAUCUCGGAGGGCAUGCUCUGGAAGAAGCUCAUUGAACGCAUGGUCCGCACGGAUCCUCUGUGGAAGGGCCUGUCGGAGAGGCACCAGUGGGAAAAAUACCUGUUUAAGAAUCGAACCACGGAAGUCCCUCCGAACUCCUACUACCGCUCCCUGUAUCCCAAAAUCAUCCAGGACAUCGAGACGAUUGAGGCCAACUGGAGGUGUGGGCGGCACAAUCUGCAGCGGAUCCAGUGUCGCUCGGAGAACAGUAAGGGGGUUUACUGUCUGCAGUAUGACGACGACAAGAUCAUCAGCGGCCUCAGGGACAACUCCAUAAAGAUCUGGGAUAAGCAGUCGCUGGAGUGCCUGAAGAUCCUGACGGGUCACACGGGGUCUGUGUUGUGUCUUCAGUACGACGAGCGGGUCAUCGUCACCGGUUCCUCGGACUCCACCGUCAGGGUGUGGGAUGUGAACUCCGGGGAGGUGCUGAACACUCUGAUCCACCACAACGAAGCGGUCCUCCACCUGCGCUUCUGCAAUGGCCUGAUGGUGACGUGCUCCAAGGACCGCUCCAUCGCCGUGUGGGACAUGGCCUCGCCCACCGACAUUAGCCUGCGCCGCGUGCUGGUCGGCCACAGGGCGGCGGUCAACGUGGUGGACUUCGACGACAAGUACAUCGUGUCAGCGUCCGGAGACCGCACCAUCAAGGUGUGGAGCACCAGUACGUGCGAGUUUGUGCGCACCCUGAACGGCCACAAGAGGGGCAUCGCCUGUCUGCAGUACAGAGACCGGCUGGUGGUUAGCGGCUCCUCCGACAACACCAUCCGGUUGUGGGAUAUUGAGUGCGGGGCGUGUUUGCGGGUGUUGGAAGGCCACGAAGAGUUAGUCCGCUGCAUUCGCUUUGACAACAAAAGGAUCGUUAGCGGCGCCUAUGACGGGAAAAUCAAAGUCUGGGACCUGCAGGCAGCUCUGGACCCUCGUGCCCCCGCCAGCACCCUCUGCCUGCGGACACUGGUGGAACACUCUGGCCGUGUCUUCCGGCUCCAGUUCGAUGAGUUUCAGAUCAUCAGCAGUUCUCAUGACGACACCAUCCUCAUCUGGGAUUUCCUCAACGUGUCGACCAAUGGACAGACUGAGGGCCGGUCGCCCUCUCGCACGUACACAUACAUCUCCAGAUAGCAGGGCAAGCCUGGUGGAAUGUGGGUGUGUGUGUGUCCCGGGACAGUCCUAGUGGCCAAGUCAGUGUGUCAGGAGCAGACACACCCUUCCCACUCCUCCAUCAUCUGCUCUGCAUCAUCUCUGUCCUCCUCCCGGUCGCCACGCGACCCCCCCCCUCAAACAGACUGUACCCCCCCAACCCCCACCCCCCCUCCACACGAACACACUCCCACAUGGAGCGGAGUCUGUUGGGUCACGCCCCAUCGCCCCCCUACUCUGCCCACCCCAGACAGAGGAGCAGCCACAGACAUGAAGGAAUCUGAACUGACUGGCUGCAGAGACGGAAGAGGAAGAGGGCUGGAGACGGCCCGAGACCGACGUUCUGGAGGAUUUAAAGAGGUGGGCCGGGGCUCCGCUCCUCUCAACCAGACUGAGACCGGUGCCUGAUGCCUGUCUCUUCAGGCACCAAGGACUCUGUCAAUCUUGUUCUUUUCUCAUAUUUUGUUUGGUGGAAGUAAAAGGAAGAAGAAAAAAAAAAAAAGACUCUGUGGAAGAAAGCGAGCCAGCGUGUUUGUUUCUUCCCUGAAGACUGUACUGCAUGGAUGAAUGAUGGGACAACGUUGUGUGCUAGUGACCUAUUUCUGUUUUUCUAACUUUUUAUUUUUAUUUUUUAUUUGGGACUUUUAAUUAAUUUAGCUCUUUGUUACAUUGUACUAAUAAUUGUAAUUUCCCUCUCUGCCUCCCCGUCCCUAGAUCUGUACCUUGCGCCCCCUUUUCACCUUACCUGUCUUGUUCUGCCCCCCUCUUGCCGUUUGCCUGUCUAGGUUCUGAAUGACCCCUUACUGAGCUCAAAUUAGUUGUAAACAGAAAUGUCUCGUCUAAAAUGGUGUUGUAUAUUGAAAUGAUUUUUUAAAGGAGAAAAAAAACAUUAUUAAUAAGAAUAAAGUACUUGACUGUGAAGGAGUGUA